AAUUAUCCCUAAUAUUAUAUUUAUACAUCUAUAUACUCUAGUGUGAUUUCAAAUAUAUCCCAUUAAUAUUGCCUGGCGAAAUAUAAUACCGACAAUUACAGCUCGAUUUUCGUUAAGCCGGCCACCGGAUCACGAGAGCCGGCCAAUAGCUAGACCUCUUUACACAUUAAUAUUUCGACAUAUGUAGACUGUUUUUCCUCUAUAUAACCCUAAUGUUCUCUCCUUACUCUCUCAUACCAAUCCCUUAAGCCUUAUAAAUUAGCAUUCCUAAUUAAGUUUCCCUUUCAAAAUAAUUGACAUUUCAUUCCGUUUUUAAUCUGAUUUCCCACCUCUCACUCUCCAUUCAACCUUACCAGAAGCUGCACGAGGGCCGUUGAAACCACUUACAUCGCCAUGAGGCAAGCGGGGACUUACUCAGGGAUACUAUGUGGUGGCAUAUCGGGGAAGACGGGGCCUCACCUGUUGCCGCUGGCAAGGAUCAAGAAGAUCAUGAAGCGGUCGAGUGGCAACGGAGGUGAGGAGGUGAAGAUGAUAAGCGGGGAGGCCCCGAUCGUGUUCUCAAAGGCGUGUGAGCUGUUCAUCGAGGAGCUGACGAGGAGGUCAUGGAUAAUGACCGUUCAAGGGAAGCGGAGGACGAUCCACAAGGACGAUGUAGCUUCGGCCGUCGUGGCAACUGACUUGUUCGACUUCCUGGUCAACUUGGUCGACGGCUCUGGUCGUGUUGGCAUGGCUAGCGGCAAAGGUGAUGAAGGCGAUCAUGAUCUUGUUGUGCAUGAUCAGACGAUGAGCAUGGCGACGAGGACCACGAGUCUGGUACCAAGAAACUAAAUAAAUGGCAUGUGAAGCCAUGCUAGAUCAUAUUUCAAGACCCACAAGGACUGCAGCUCAUGCCAGGACCAACGACCCCCAAUUGAUGAGCUUGAGAAGAGAUUUGGAAAAAUUAGAACAAGAUUAUAUCUAGUUCAAUUCGAGACUCUAUAAUUAACAAUUCUAACACUAUUAUUUUGCUUUGCUUAAUUAUCUUUGUCUUUUUCUCUAAAUAUGGUACUACAAGUUACUUGGACGGACAUAAUUUUGUGAAUUCCAGACGAAAAUUGGAUUUAUCACCAAACAUUUAAUUGAUAACUUUCUUUAGUCCCUCAUAACAC